AGUCUUGGGGUAGCACAUUUCCGCAAACACCGAGGACACGGAAUCACUAGUGAAAACCGCCGACCAAAUGACAUUGAAGCAGCACACGCGUGCAGAGAAGGAAGCAAAACACGAAGAAAGGCAUCAGUCCAGCAGCCACGUGAGGUGGGCGAUCCCCUCCGCCCUCUGAGAGAGGACUUCAACUCCCGGCGUGCCCCUGGGAGGUUACCCUCCGAGGACUCCAACUCCCAGGGUGCUGCGGGAGCGGCCACCGCAACCUCCCACUCAGCCGCCCGCCGCUCCUCCCGCCCCUCCCCCGCCCCUCCUGACCGGAUCAGCGUGCGCCUGCGCACGGGAGGCCGGAGGAGUCUUACCCUAAUGUAAGAUGGUGGCCCGUCUGGCUGUGGAACCCACCGAAAGCUGAGAGUCUCUCUCUCAGCCGUAAAGGUCGGACUCGCUGAAGCAAUCAGGCCCGGUUCUGAAGAGUUUUUUCCCCGACGCUCGUUCGGUGGUUUCUUGUGAGGACGCGGCAGCCCGUGGAGUCGGCUGAGGGAAAAGCGAGGCAAGGCAGGCGGGUCGUCAAAGUCCUACAUUUUAGCUUUCAGUGCUGAACUUCCUUCUCCCUUAAAUUAUUAUAAACUUUUGCUGCUGUUUAAUAAACGUGAAGAUGUCUCGCAGUCCUGAUGCGAAGGAAGACCCUGUGGAGUGCCCUCUUUGCAUGGAGCCCUUGGAGAUAGAUGAUAUCAACUUUUUCCCUUGCACCUGUGGCUACCAGAUUUGCCGAUUUUGUUGGCAUCGAAUUCGCACUGAUGAAAAUGGGCUUUGUCCUGCAUGUAGAAAGCCAUAUCCAGAAGACCCAGCAGUUUAUAAACCACUCUCCCAGGAAGAGCUGCAAAGGAUAAAGAAUGAGAAAAAACAGAAACAAAAUGAGAGAAAACAGAAAAUAUCAGAAAAUCGCAAACAUUUGGCUAGUGUACGUGUCGUACAAAAAAACCUCGUCUUUGUUGUAGGUUUAUCUCAGCGCCUAGCAGACCCAGAGGUUUUAAAACGACCAGAAUAUUUUGGGAAGUUUGGUAAAAUACAUAAAGUUGUCAUCAAUAAUAGCACAUCAUAUGCAGGCUCACAGGGUCCAAGUGCCAGUGCUUAUGUAACCUAUAUCCGGUCAGAAGACGCUCUCAGAGCCAUACAGUGUGUCAACAAUGUGGUAGUAGAUGGCAGAACACUUAAGGCAUCUCUAGGUACAACAAAAUACUGCAGUUACUUCUUAAAGAAUAUGCAGUGUCCAAAACCUGACUGCAUGUAUCUUCAUGAAUUGGGGGAUGAGGCGGCCAGCUUCACAAAAGAGGAAAUGCAGGCGGGUAAACACCAAGAAUAUGAACAGAAGCUACUUCAAGAAUUAUAUAAAUUAAAUCCCAAUUUUCUUCAGCUAUCUACGGGUUCAGUUGAUAAAAAUAAGAACAAAGUGACACCAUUGCAGAGCCCCAUUGACAAACCUUCAGAUUCUCUCAGUAUAGGGAACGGUGAUAAUUCCCAGCAGAUAUCUAACAGUGAUACGCCUUCACCACCACCUGGUUUGUCAAAAUCCAAUCCAGUCAUCCCCAUCAGUUCAUCCAAUCACAGUGCACGGUCCCCUUUUGAAGGGGCAGUAACAGAGUCACAGUCGUUAUUCUCAGACAAUUUUCGCCAUCCCAACCCUAUCCCAAGUGGGCUUCCUCCUUUCCCCAGCUCCCCACAGACAUCCAGUGACUGGCCUACAGCACCAGAACCACAGAGCCUCUUCACAUCAGAAACAAUCCCAGUAUCAUCCUCCACAGACUGGCAAGCAGCUUUUGGCUUUGGUUCUUCUAAACAACCAGAGGAUGACUUGGGUUUUGAUCCCUUCGAUGUCACUCGAAAAGCCUUAGCAGACCUGAUUGAGAAGGAACUGUCCGUUCAAGACCAACCUUCCCUUUCGCCCACAUCUCUUCAGAACUCCUCUUCACACACUACAGCCGCCAAAGGUCCAGGCUCUGGAUUCCUGCAUCCUGCUGCAGCUACAAAUGCCAAUUCUCUCAAUAGUACCUUUUCAGUCUUGCCCCAGAGGUUCCCUCAAUUUCAGCAGCACCGAGCGGUUUAUAAUUCAUUCAGUUUUCCAGGCCAGGCAGCCCGCUAUCCUUGGAUGGCCUUUCCACGCAAUAGCAUCAUGCACUUGAACCACACAGCAAACCCCACCUCAAAUAGUAAUUUCUUGGACUUGAAUCUCCCGCCACAGCACAACACAGGUCUGGGAGGGAUCCCUGUAGCAGGGGAAGAAGAGGUGAAGGUUUCGACCAUGCCACUGUCAACCUCUUCCCAUUCAUUACAACAAGGACAGCAGCCUACAAGUCUCCACACUACUGUGGCCUGACAACAGAACUGAGAGGAGAGGAUUAGACUCUGGGGUGCUUGCAUGGGCAACUGGAUUUUUGCAUGAUUCCUUUAUGAUUUUGCUUUUAAUGUAUACACCCAGAAGAGCCAAUAUAAACGUUCCUCAUGCCUACAGCUAGCGUGUUACCUCAUAGUUGUUGAAGUAUUUCUUCAUUAGGCCUUUAACAUAAUUUAUUAGUGUAAUAAUUUUGGCAUUGUUUCUCAUGAGUGAUACUAUUUCUAACUCAUAAAAAUAAACUUGUAGUACUAAGAUCCCAGGUGAGAUUAGCUAGAAUUGUUGUUAUUUUGGCUCUAUUAUUGAAAAAUUAUACAAAGGUAAUGGUAGUAUCUUGUUUUCUGGUUUGUGAAAAAAUAAUAUCCUAAUCUCCUGAAAAAUUUGCAAAUUAACAAGAUAAUGUCUAUUGCAUUCUUUGAAUACUUGAGAAGAAAGAAUACAUAUAAAACAAAAUUGGUGGUGUCAUUUAAUGCUCAGAAGGAUAUUGUUGGCGAUUGUUUUUAGUUGUCUAGAUUUAUAUCCUAUAAUAUGCAUUACAUGUGUAGAAACUGUUUUGUUCUCUCUCUUUUGCACUUUUGCACUUUCUUUUUGAAUGGUUGUUAAUUAUGCAUAGAUGGUUAAAAGAUAAUUAUUGUAGCCUAAAUGCAAUAUAAUCUCUUUUCUAAUGCACUGCCUAGUAUACCAGGAAAUGCCUCAAAAACAGAACUUCAGUUUAUAGUUGACUUAUCUGAAACUUGAAUACGGAGUAAACAUUGUAUGUGAAAAGCAACCAUAGUAGUGUAACAUUGUUACUGAACAAACAGUAAUUCUGUGGGAUAUUGUUUUGGAAAUUUCAUUGUUUAAUAAUUAAAAUGUGAUAAUAACAUAAUAUUAUAAGUACCUGACCGGAAUGAGACUAAGGCAGAAGAGAAGAGAUUGGAUGUCCUCUAAAAUUAGGCCACCUAAAUUGUAACAUAUAAUUUUAAUCAAGAGAAUAGUGGAGUACUUUAUUAGGACAUAAUGUGAAGUGAUAUUUCUGAAAACACAUUUCUUGAAAUAGUUUUAAAACUGAUAAUAAAGGAAAAGAAACUGUACUUAGUUCGGAGCAGUGGACAAAAGCUGAUUCAGAAAACAUAACCAUAUUCUGCCUAAAUGAAGCAUCUGGGAAGAAAGGGAAAGUCACACCUCCUCUUGAGAUUUUAACCAUUAUGAUAAAAGGUAUGCUUUAAUUUGUUAAAAAAAAAGUAUGAAAGGGGAUAAUGUGAAUACAAAAAAGAAGCCUAGAGAUUGAAAAUAAUAAUAAUAGAAGAUGUUAUUAGGAGAUGGUACUUAAUGUCAUGUUGGAGUUGGAGUUUUCAAGGUUACCUCUAUAUAAAAUUGGAUUAUUUUCUGUUAGAUAUAAUGUGACAAAUUAAAUGAUUUUAUCCCAAGGUACAGUGAGGUAAACAAAAAUCUAUUCUUAGAUAUCCUUAGAUUUGGUUAACUGAGGCUGUAGAAGCAGCGAAUUGUCUAGCCAUUUAAGUUAUUUUUGUAAAAUUCAGCAUAAACAUCAAUCUCUAAUUUCUAUCUAGAAGUGAUUUUAAGACAUUACAAGAACAUUGCCAAUUUGGAAAAUGCCAAUAAAAUAUUGUAGACUUAUUAAUAUUGUAGACUUAUUAUCAGCCUUUUACUGUAGCUUAAUUUAAUUAUGGUUUUCAUUUUUACUGUAAGAGGCCAAGACUUCACUUAUGUCUCCUGUGGAGCUGAGGCUCCUGGGUCUUGUUAUUAUAACAAACUCUGGCUCCUUGUAAUGAUGCUUACUAGCUCAAAGCUUUCUCCAGCAUUCAGUGUUAGCCUUUCAUUGCCUGGAUCUUCUUACAAAGCCAUAGCAAGUGGUUAGUUCCAUUUGCUCCUUGGUGUUGAGAGAUAUACCUGUUAAAUGAGGCUUCUUUCCUUUCUCAUUCAUAGCCAGUGUGGAAAAAUCAUCAGGUAGUUUGCCCAGAUUUGCCAGAUCCCUAAAUAAAAUGGCAAAACGAUCUCCCUGCCUGCUUCUCCUCCCCACCCCCACUUACAUGCACACCAUAAAUCAAGAAAUGCGUUUUGGGCAAUUAGACUUUAUCUUCUAAAUUUUUGCAUAGAAUGGCUAAACAUGAUCUUUUGACUCACUUUGUAAUUCCUACACCUUCCUUGUAAGCUUCACCUUUUUGCUUACCUAAUAUUUUAUGUAAACAUGGUUUUUUAAAAAACCUGAAGUUUAAAAAUCAUAGUCAUAAUUAAUUUUACACUAGAGGACAGAAGAAAUUAUACAACACAUAAAAGAAGCCACUACUUCACAUAGCAAGCAAAUUGAAACCAAAA